CUUUAUCCGCGUUGAAUGACCUCUCCCACUCCCCCAAUUUUCAAAAUAGCUUUCUCUCUCUUCCUCCCUCCUCUCCAGCGAACUCUCUCUCUCUCUCUCAACCUCCUCCGCCAUUUUCGAUCUCUCUCUCUCAACCUCCUCCGUUCUUUGUCUUCUGCCAAAAUUUGUAGAUCCAAUACCUUCUUGCAAAUCAGUAAUUUGGAAGUCAUAGGCCUUGUUACACGGUACUUGCACCAAAGCAGUAUAAUAAAGCUUGACCUGAUAGCAAAGCUGAAUGCAGAGGCCACCAUUAGCUACUUUGAGGCAGCAAUGAUAAUAGAACUUGCUGGUAGUGUUGCCAACAAGCAAAAACUAGAGGUUGAUGGGAAAGUUGAGGAUAACAAGGAAGUUUCUGGUAUAACGUUAAAGCCUAAAUGUACAUUGUUGCCAAAUCAGUUGCUUAGAUCAUGAAUGAGCAAAGAGGAAAGUAAGUAUCCUUUUUCUCUUUGAUGUAAGAUGCAAUUUGGUAAUUCAAUCCUGAAAUACUUAAAAAAUUCUUAACUUGAUGUCUAGUGUAGUCUGACCAGGCUGGUUUGUUGCCUUUUGCGUUUGUCUUAAUUCAAUUUAGUUGGCUGAAGGGAGUUGUAAGCUGGUGGAUGCGAGUCUGAUCAGUUUUGUUAUUAUAUUGUGGCUAAUGAAGGCCUGGUUACUUGGGGUGGGUGCAAGCAAUAGCUUAUUGUAGAAUUGUGUUAUGUUGGUGAUGCUUAUUUUCUGUUGGUGUUGGUCUGAAGCCAACUUGGUAGUUUGAGAUGGUGCAUUACCCACCUGUGGACUUUGUAAUUAAUUACUCUUACUCUAUAUUCAGGUAACACUAUCCUACUAGCUCAAAAGGUAGAGUAUUGUGCUAAUGCACAAAAGAUGUGGGUUCGAAUCCCACGUAGGUUCUUCAUAUUUUUCAAUUACUAUUUGUCUUGUUUUAUUUAAUUUUAAAUAGGAAACCUUUACUUUUAAGGGGAUAUUGUAUUUGCAGCUACCAAGUGAGUAGAGUGAAGCUAGGUUGCUGAUCACCUUUGAUCAUAACCUUUGAUUGUGGAGGGCAGGGCUCCUUUAGCGAGAUAAAGACAAUAACGUACGUGCUUUUGAGUUUUUUUUUUAUUUACUUUUUGAGAUUAACUUUUGAAAUUUUCAUAUUUACUUUUAAGAUUUUCUUGUUUACUUAUGAGUUUAUUUUAAUUACUUUUGAGUUUCCUAUCUACUUAUGAGUUUUUCAAAUUUACCUUUACUUUAACCUUAUAUCCUUGAAAACCUCAAUACCAAGAACAAACUUCAAACUAAGACGUCAUGUCAUGUCCCCAAUGAUGUUAUUCUUAUGAUAAUAUAGAUAGGAUAUAAUGUCUCAUGUUUAUGUUUAUAGAGUUGGUAAUAUUUUACUUUUGAGUUUUUCAAAUUUACUUUUUAGUGUACUUUAUUUACUUUAGAGUUUAGCGUCUACUUUUGAGUUAUACAUGCAUUAUUUACUUCUUUGUAUAUACUUUAGAAAUAUUUUGAUUGACUUUUAAAUUAUUAUGAUUUACUUUUGAGUUAUUAUGAUUUACUUUUGAGUUUAUGUCAUUUACUUCUUUUUUUGGUAAAAUAGAGCUUUAUUAUCAAAAGGUAGAACAAAAACAACAACAUCCAAAACAAGAAAUAACAAGAAAACUGCAAGGGAGCACAGCCUGCUACCCUUACAAAAACACAGCCAGCAGCUACAAGGACUUACCAGAAGCGACAAACACCACUAGCCUGCAAGUCUGCAAACAACAGAGACCAGUAACUUGAACAUAUGAAGCUACACGAAGCUGCAACCAGCAGAGAACCAAAGCAGCAGACCACAAAACCAGAAGCUGCACGGACCCAGAACAAGCAAACUUGAACAUAAGAGCCACACCAGCAGAGACCCACAACAGCCAGUUGCAUAGAACCAGAACGAGCUGAUUGCACAAUGCACAUAGUAAAAACAAUAAAAGACAACAACAGACUAAAACAACCAGCCAUGAACAAACAACUGACUGUGUGCAGGCUAAGACCAAACCAACAUCAGACUGAACUGGUUAAACAUUUAACAUUACAAACGGAUUCAAGCUUGAAAAGAAAAGCAAUAAACAUCAAACUUCAGCAACCUCAACCAAGACAAAAGUGCAGUGUAUAUACUUUUGAUUUGUUUAAAUUUACUUUUGGACAUUUUUUAUUUACUCCUUCCCCCCCCCCCCCCCCCCCUCCCCAUUUUGCAAGAAAACUAUAGAAGUCCUUGAAUUUAUUCUAGCCUAUGUAGGAUUUGAACUUACACUUAUGUAACACCCCGACAAUUCCCAUUUUCUAAAUUAACCCUUUUUAAAUAUAACUGUAGGGAAUUAUCAAA